AAAUAGGAGCGAGAGGCAGCCGAGAGAGAAAACCAGCACAGGAGGACCUUGAGAGUGGUGGCUGAUUGCUAGAGCCGGAACCAAGCCGCUGCCUGCGAGAUCCCCGCUACUGGCUGGUCUACCCUCCUCCGAGUUCCUCUGAGCAGCAUUUCCGAGGCAGCCCCAUGACCCUGAACCGAGGCGACAAGCUGCGUUACCUGGACAAGCGGCGUGGCAGCAUGCCUUUGGCGAUGCACCAGCAGCACCUGCACCGGCGGAGCAUGCCAGUGGACGAGCGGGAGCUGCAGGCAUCCCUGCCGGAAACGGAGCCCUCCAAUCUGGUGCGCUGCACCUCCUACAACCCGGUGGAAGAGGCACACUGCGAAGGCUGGGUGUCGGACUCUUCCGAUUCGGUCAUCUCCUCCGGCAGCGAUUCGGACAGCAAUCUCUACAAGGUCAUCCUCUUGGGCGAGCAUGGUGUGGGCAAGACCAGCCUGGCGCGGAUCUUUGGGGGCGUGGAGGAUUGUCCCGACGCAGAAGAAGCGGGUAAUACAUACGACAGAUCUAUUAUAGUGGAUGGGGAAGAAGCGUCUCUUGUGGUGUUUGACAUAUGGGAGCAGGAUGACAGCCAAUGGCUUCAGAACCACUGUAUGAAAAUGGGGGACGCUUACAUCAUCGUGUACUCGGUGACAGACAAAGUUAGCUUUGAGAAGGCCUCUGAACUGAGAAUUCAGCUCCGAAGAGCAAGGCAAACGGAGGACAUUCCUAUAAUUCUUGUAGGAAACAAGAGUGACUUGGUCCGAUCACGGGAAGUCUCCGUAGACGAGGGACGCGCCUGUGCCGUUGUGUUUGACUGCAAAUUCAUCGAGACUUCAGCAGCUUUGCAUCACAAUGUGAAGGACCUUUUCGAGGGCAUCGUCCGGCAGAUCCGGCUACGCAAGGACAGCAAAGAAGACAACGCCAGAAGAAUGGCCAGCACCAAGAGGAGGGAAAGCAUUAGCAAGAAAGCCAAGAGGUUCCUGGGGAGGAUCGUGGCCAAAAACAACAAAAAGAUGGCCUUCAAGGCAAAGUCAAAAUCCUGCCAUGACUUGUCAGUGCUCUAAAACUGCUCUUGGCAAGAACUGGGUAUAGGGUGUGUGUGGGGGGCUGUGAUCGUGUGUUUGACUCUUAAGGGAGGGGGAAAGGGACUAUGAACACACAGUAGGAGAAAAACCUUCUCCAUGCCUUAAGGUUCCUAAGCAGGACUUGGAAGUCAGAUUACUGUGUCCUCACUGGUCAAUGGUUUUUCAGCUUCAGCGUGAAUGACUGAAUGAUUAAUUCAGUGGUUUUGUAUGCCUGCAUUCUCACUGUGUAUUUGCUAUCUGUCCUGUGGAUAUCAGGGAUGCAAAGAUAAGAACGGAUGGUGACUUACAAAUGGAAUCCUGUAUCGCCAAUUGUCUCCUUUGCAGAGCAAAACUUGAAUAUUUGUACGCAGGCUCGUACGCUCUUUUUGGUAUACAUUUUGAAAAAAGCAAUGCUUUUUAAAAAUUAAACAUGGGCUGGAGGGGGCAUUUGGAAGUGCAUAUGAAUGGUUGAAAGCAAAUAUAGAAUAUAGUUUUUUGAAGUUUAAUUUGCACUUUCAUUAACUGUUUAAUUUUGUUACUUGUUUACAUGCAGAUUUUAUAAUAAAGUAUUUCUGGUUAGAA